CCACGGCCAUGCUCGGUCUGCGUGUCACACUCCCACUCCCCUGUUUCGUUUCGAGAGCAGAGCAGAGCAGAGCAGAGCGCCAUGCCGCGUGCCCCGGCGAGCCUCCGCCUCCAGGCAGCAGCCUCCACCGCCACCGCGACACCGAGCCAGCAGCAGGCGUCGUCGUCGUCUCCUCCCCAGCAGCAGCAGCAGCAGGCGGCGGUGUCGGUGGACUCCGACAUGGUGGUCAUCCUGGCGUCCUUCCUGUGCGCGCUCGUCUGCGUGCUCGGCCUCGCCCUCGUCUCCCGCUGCGCCUGCCGCCUCUGCGGCCGCGGGCCUGCCGCCGCCUCGUCUUCCGCGCAGCAGGAGCAGGCUCCUCCACCCAAAGGUCUCAAGAAGAAGGCCAUCGACGCGCUGCCCACCGUGCCCUUCACCGCCGCCGCCUCCUCCUCCUCGGACUGCGCCAUCUGCCUCGCCGAGUUCGCCGAGGGCGACGCGCUGCGCGUGCUCCCGCGCUGCGACCACGCCUUCCACGUGGCCUGCGUCGACGCCUGGCUCCGCACGCGUGCCACCUGCCCCUCCUGCCGCGCCGGCAUCGUCGCCGCCCCGGCCCAGCAACUGCCGCAGCCGCCCGUCGUGUCGCCCGGCGGCGCCUGCGGGAGGUGCGGCCACGUGCUCAUGGCCGCAAGUCCGGCUCCUGGAUACGACACCUUCUUGCCUUGACCCGGCCCGGCGUUCGUCAAUCUCUCUCUCUCUCUCUCUCUUUUUUCAUCAGUCUACUGUAUUUUUGGGGUGUGGCGUGGGAUUUUGGAGUGUUGGGUGUAGCGUAGGAUGUAUGUAAACUAGCAAGCACUUAUCAUCAUCACUCACUGUAAUUUACGCAAAUACUACAUAGUUAUAUUGAUAUAUGCUCCUA